AUGCAAGUUCUAAAGGACUUGUAUGAAGACUAUACAAAGCCCCACAGCUUAGGUGGAAUACAAGCGCUAUGUGUUAGUCGUUAUAUGCAAGUAAGACCCUUAAAGAGUAAAAACAAGACGGAGGUUGCGAGCGCACUAAAAUCGGUGUUAAAUACUGAGGAUGCUAAAGGUUUAACUCACCUCUUCACCGAUGCAGGGCGAGAGUUUGUAAAUAAUACAGUGAACGGCUUACUGCGCGAACAUAAGAUGCAGUGGUAUACCACGCAUUCGAAGGAAAUAAAGGCUAGCAUUGCAGAGAGACACAUCAGAACCCUCAAGGAACGCAUAUAUAAAUAUUUAACCUUAAAAGAUACGCUGAGGUAUAUCGACGUUCUCCCGGAUAUUGUUUUAGCCUAUAAUGAGCGCGCGCACGCGGGUUUGAAAGGCGCCGCGCCACUGGACGUGCACCGCCAUUACACGCGGGCGCAGUGUCAACGUCUCUUUCGACAAAUGUAUGCUCGUUCAUUGAAUGUGCAUAUAAAAAAGGACCGAUCGCAUGCUAGCAAUCAGAAUAUAAAGGUUGGGGACACUGUGCGCAUCGCAGCGCGCUCUCGUACCGACGCAUUUCGCAAGGGAUAUGAAAUACAAAAUACGGAGGAGAUAUUUAAAAUUCGACAGAUUGACAAUCGUCAGAACAUAGUCGGGUAUUAUCUGGAAGAUUUAAGCGGCGAAGAAGUCCAAGGUUUGUUUUAUCGAGAGGAGCUCGUCCCGACAUCACUGCCAAGUGUUUACCCGUACAAGAUCCUGUCAUCGAGGUGGAACAGAAAUAAAAAGCAGAGAGAAUAUCUUGUUCGCUGGAUUGGAUAUCCCGACAAAUUCAAUUCAUACAUUACGAUUGAUGACAUGCAGCCUGCACCAUGA